AUGCCCGGAGCGCUGAGGGAUGUCUGGGCCACCCUCACCUGCCUCCAGCUCCUUCUGCCCCUCGCCGCCGUGAAUUCCCUGCCCCUCACGUGGGACCAGGACAGGCUCCAGCUGGAAGCCGUCAAAAAGGGGAUCCUGGAGCGGCUGGGAAUGCCGGCUCCCCCCGUCAUCCGGCACCAGCCGGACCAGGAGAGCAUCCAGAGAGCGCAGCGGCUCUACCAGCAGAAAGUGGCAGAGCUGGCGGGGAACCGGAGCCGGGAAGGGGAGGAGGAGGAGGAGGAAUCCAUGUCCAGGACCCGGCGUUUGCACCGCCUGACCCCCAUCCUGCUGCGCUGGCCGGACAUCCCGCAAGGACACGGGGACUCCCAGGGACACCAGGACCCCCGCGGUCCCCACCGCUACCACCUCCUGCUCUCCCGCGCCGAGGAAUUCCAGCGGCAGCUCCAGGUGGUUCAGGCGGAGCUGAAGCUCUUCAAGCGGUCGCCGCCGUCCCCCGAGAUGUCCCCGCGCGGCGCUUCGGUGCCUCCCCGGGUCACCAUCUACGCCCUGCAGGGGGACGAAGAGACCCCCCAGCUCGUGCAGAGCCAAGAGCUGGACCCCGAUUCCCGGAGCCUGGAUGUGACAGCAGCCAUCCAGCCCUGGGUGGCCGGUCCUGAGGCCACGCUGCGCCUGCAGCUGGACUUCACAGCCAACGUCUCGGCCGCACUGGCCACCUCGGAGGGGGAGACGCUGGUGCUGGAGGUGGAAACCCAGGAGAACACGGCUCGGGGGGCCAGGAGAGCCCGGGGGCUGGAGGAGGAGUGCGGGAAGAGCGAUGGGAAGUGUUGCCUGAAGUCGCUGAAGGUCUCCUUCCAGGACAUCGGCUGGUCGGACUGGGUCAUCGCCCCCCACAGCUACUACAUGAGGUUCUGCGAGGGUUCCUGCCCCCACAACUACAAGCCGGCCAACAUGCACGCCCAGAUCAAAUCCCGAGUGCAUUCCCUGUCCAAGGCCACCCCCCCUCCCUGCUGUGUCCCUGCUGGAUACGACCCCAUGGUGCUGAUGCACUACGACGGCGAGGGCAGGCUGGUCUCCAGCGUCUUCGAGGACAUGUUGGUCACCAGGUGCCACUGUGCCUGAUGGCAUCGCCGGUGGCUCCAACCGGGACGUGUCGCUGCCCAGGUGAGGCCUCCUGGCAGCUCCAGCACCCCAAAAUUCAGAUUCUGUGGCAUUAAGUGCCUCCAAGCCAGCCCCGACUCCACCAACCCAGCUCAGCCCCAAGAAUGUCCAGCUCCAGCGUCCCAAAAUCCACACCCUGUGGCACCAAAUGACUCCACGCCAGACCUGGCUCCACCACUGAGCUCAGCCUCAGAACCUCCAGCUUCAGCAUC